CUAGUGGCAUUGGAACCUUCUGCCUUCGAAUUCGGCGCAGGCGCAGUCAUCACCCACAGCCCCUCUUGUCUCUGAUCAGCUGGGAAGGUCGGAAGUCGUUGCCAAAAUCAUGGACGGCAAAGAGCUUUGAAUGUCUGGGAAAAUUCCUUGCACAACAUAGCAGAAGUACAGAGACUCAAAAGGAGAAUAGCCACACAUUUCCCAGAUGGACCACCCCUUUUUAUGAGCCGGUAACUUCAGUAAACACUAGUACGUACGAUCAAGACGGAUACAUACAGUGACUGCAAACAUGGCCAACUCUUUGCGAUACGAAGUGCUGAAACUAUACAAAAAUAUGCUGUACCUCGGGCAGGAAUACCCCAAAGGGAGAGACUACUUUCGAACCCGACUGAAGGCAGCCUUCUUAAAAAACAAGAGUGUGACGGAUCCUGAGGAAAUCAAACAGCUCAUUGCACGCGGGGAGUUUGUCAUCAAAGAGUUGGAGGCAUUAUACUUCCUCCGAAAAUACAGAGCUCUGAAACAAAGGUAUUACGAGGACGAUCGUAGAUGAUCCGUCACAAUACACUUCUCAGUUAUUUGCCAGUGUGUGUGUGUGUAGCUGAAGUUUCCAUGAUCGAGUGGCGAACAAUUAAAAAAAAAUCCAGUGACCAUUA